CGUAAACCAAAAAUCAAAGUAAACAUGCCGCGAGUUUCGAGAAAACGUAAAGCCGCGAUGUUACGGUGCAUCCGGCGGAAGGAAACCACGGUGGAGACUGUUCCGGAUGAAAUUCGAUCGAGGACAUCACCAACAAACGCAGCUGAAUGGGAAAUUGAGCAGCCGUACGGGAAAAUUGAAGAUCCCUACAUGGACUUCAAUGCAGUUCCUGGUUUUGCUUUGAUGGACUGUAAUCCGGGCUCGGGCGUUCCGUUGCCGUCAGCAGAGGACAGCAUAGUGCCAAGUGAACUUUUUGACGCACACACAAGCAGUGUUGCGGAGCUGCAGAUCGAGGAUUUUAAUGCAUUUCCAUUACCGGAAAUACCGUUUGAUCCCAUGUUCGACUGCUGGGCGGAAAAUUAUGGUUCAGAUGUGCAAAAAGAACCCGCAACGGCAUCUCGACCAUUUGCUUGGACAGCGGAGAAAAAUCCACCAGCACCCGCCCACACUCCCAGUUGCAUUCAACCAUUUGCAGUAGCUGACAUGCAAAUAAAUCAAAGCAACACGCUGGACGAAGUUGGACAUUCUUUAUCUAUCCGAAACACGACAAUUUCUACGGAGUUCCGCUUUGAAUCCGCUCCGCUGUCGCCACUAUUGGCUGAUACUUCUGCAGAUCUACAAGGAGAAUGUUCUGAGUCGAGCCGUACGGAUUGUGCGUUAGGGGAAAAUACUGAUGAUGGUCCGGUUGAUCAGUGCCCUAGUCCGGAAGGACAUCCGGUGUCUCCAUCUGCGGUGGAGAAAUUUUCGAGAAACUACUCGUUUGAUGACAGCAUUGAAAUAGACUGUUGCCAUCAAAACCUAGACAAUCGUUGUGAGGAAAGGCUUGUUGAAGAUCAGACUUACAAGCCUCAUCAUACUAAUCGAACAAGAUCGAAAGUGAUGAUUAUCGACAUCCCAGGGAGGCCGUCUGGAGCACACGGAUAUCAGCAGUUAGACUGCUAUUGUGACGCUUGCAUCAAGUGUGCCGAGUUCGAAAAGCAGACCCCAGCUACUCCUGACAAGAAGACGUCAAAUCCGGACACUCAGGAUGGCAAACCGACCGAAGCAAGGAUGCGUGAAAUAUACCGUAAAUUUAACGAAAUUGAGCUCCAUAUUGGCACCUACGAUCAUACGCGAACAUUCGUGAAAACUACCACUGAAAGUCGUCGUAAAUCAGCCGCAACUGCAAGAGGGUAA